AUGCUUCGGUUCUUGGCCAAAAGAAGUCUCCUACGACCAUUUUCCAGGUCAUAUUCCAAUGUAAUCACACAGAAGCUUAAUCCUCAUCCAGAAAUCCCAGAACCUUUCGCAUACCGUCAGUCACAGCCAGAUCAUAAUGAUGACAUAUUCGUGGCUAUGAGUUCAGGAGUUGAUUCUUCAGUUACAGCCGCUUUGCUCUCUGCUAAAUACCCAAAUGUUAAGGGUAUCUACAUGGCAAACUGGUCUCAGCUGGCGAAGUGUACUGAGGGAGAAUGGUCUACUGUUCAGAAGGUAUGCGACCAGUUGAAUAUACCGUGUGAAAGGGUCAACUUCGAAAAAGAGUAUUGGGCAGAUGUCUUUUCACCAAUGAUGGAGAUGUAUGAAAAAGGUCUCACGCCAAAUCCUGAUUUAGGUUGCAAUAAGUUCAUCAAGUUUGGCAAGAUGAUAGACCAUUUGGCUGCAAAGUAUGCUGCAAAAGAGAAGAGAUGGUGGCUUGCCACAGGACAUUAUGCUAGGGUUGAACGCUGUGAGAAUGAAAAAUUCAAUCUUAUCAGAGCAUACGAUGGUAAUAAAGAUCAAUCAUAUUACUUGGCCAGUAUUUCGAGUGGCGUUCUCCCUCGAAUGCUACUACCUUUAGGCCAUUUCACCAAAGUGCAAGUUCGGAAGAUGGCUGCUGAACUAGAACUUCAUACUGCUUCGAAGCCAGACUCCCAAGGUCUUUGCUUUGUUUCUCCAGACCAUACCAAGUUCCGUCAUUUUCUUGACGAAUUCAUUCCUCCUAAACCAGGUAAUAUUAUUACCGAGGACGGUAAGGUUUGGGGUCAACAUCAAGGUAUAUGGCAUGCCACUGUCGGUCAGAGACUGGGUAUUUCUAUGCCUCAAGGCGAUCCAAAGUAUAGUGGCGUCUGGUUUGUCAGUGAAAAAAGGGUUGCCACAAACGAAAUCGUUAUCGUCAAAGGCGGGUCUAACGAAAGAUUGUUCCUGAAAAAACUAAAAGUUGGCGAAUGGGCAUGGCUUAAUGAUAUAGAGCAUGAAAGACUUGAGAAGCUAACUCUUCAGUACAGAUCGUUACAAACUCCAAUCGAAAUUGAUCUGCUCGCUAUUGAGGAUAACAAGAUUCUAAUAGAAACCAAAGAGAAGCAACGAGCUAUGGCACCAGGUCAAAACGUCGUGGUUUAUCAGGGCAACAGAGUACUUGGAUCUGGUGUGCUACUUAAAACCUUCGAAUAA